ACAAUUGGGAGGGAUAGGAAGCGUUUGAUCAUACUAAAAUUGAAGAAUAGGAAAAUUUAGAAAUCGAACGGUAAAGAUAGCUUCAAAGCCAUGCAAGAGCCAUCACCAUACCCUUUCUUUCUGGCAAAAUAAUACAUGUUCUCCAUCUCCUACAAGUUGGUUUCCGGGAAGACAUUAAAAAGGGAAAAAGUUCGUUAGACAAAUCCAAAACAGACGAUCUCAUUUAAUUUUCAUUUUUCUCGUUCGGCGGUGGCGCUACUGGUGGUGGCCGUGGUGGUGAUACGAUCUCUUCCUUUCCCUCUUCCUCUAAUCUGUCAUCGCGGUGGCGGUUGCGCUGACCGUGACGAGCAAGCGGCGUCAGCGCUGAUUCGUCGAAUCAGAAAAACAGAGAAAAAGAAGAAGAAGAAAUGGCGUAUAGAAGAAGGCAGGGAAUCACGAGGGCUUCCACUUUCAAAGAAGAGAUAAAUCGCUCGCCAGAAGAUGAUAGUAAUAAUAACGACAUUAAAAGUAGUAAUAUGUUAAAAACGUCUCAUACUUUUACUUCGUCUUCCUCUCUGGCGGCUCAGGCUAUCAGGGCGUCCGCCACCCAUCGUGAAUCUUCUCUUUCAUCCGCCUACGCAGGAGAUUCCUUCCCUCAGAGAUCUAAGGUCUUUGAUGCUUACGAGGACUCAUCGGCCAGAAGUGAUUCUAAAGGGUUUUGGGGUGUUCUUGCUAGGAAAGCUAAAGCAAUUCUUGAGGAGGAUAAUAAGUCAUCACAAUUAGAAACACCUGAAAGGUCAAGGUUCCAGAUGCCAGAUACCUCUGUAGGUGGCCAGUCUCAGCAAUCGAACCUAACACCUGAUAGGAAAAUGGAUAAUCCGAGAUUAAGGAAGGGCCUUGAUAAAAUCACAUCUUCCCUUAAUCAGAUAGGUGACACCUUUGAAAAGGCUUUUGAGGAAGGUCGCACUAUUGUGGAAAAUAAGACUGCAGAUAUCAUCCAAGAAACUCGCAAACUGCAAAUUAGGAGAAAGGGAAGCAGUCUUGUGGAACAAAAUCAAGCUUCUGGUGCAAAUAGUUCAUGGCAGCAACCCAUGAUGCAGCCUAAUCAGCCGCAGAAUCAAAUGAACCAUGAAAAUCAAUUGAAGGCAUCUCGCGACGUUGCAAUGGCAACUGCUGCAAAAGCAAAACUUCUUCUUCGGGAACUGAAGACAGUUAAAGCAGACCUGGCUUUUGCAAAACAAAGAUGUUCACAACUAGAGGAAGAGAACAAAAUCCUGAGGGAGAGUCGUGAAAAGGGAGGCAACCCAGCAGACGAUGAUUUGAUUCGCCUUCAACUGGAGACACUUUUGGCUGAGAAGGCUCGUUUGGCACAUGAGAAUUCAAUAUUUGCACGUGAGAACCGGUUUCUGAGGGAAAUUGUUGAAUACCACCAACUCACCAUGCAAGAUGUUGUUUAUUUGGACGAAGGCAGUGAAGAAGUCACUGAAGUUUACCCAAUUGCAAAGAUGCUUUCUAUUUCCCCACCCUCACCAGUUUCUCCACCCUUACCUUCUGAGAUUACUGCAUCUGCAAGCCCACCAGCAACAAAGGAAAUAUUUCCUGUGCCUAACCUACCACAAGAAAUGCAGGAAGCUUCAGGAAAUGAUGCUUCACCAAGUUCAGUUACACCUGUAGUUGAGGAAGAAGACGCAAAAAACAUCCCAGCAAACAAGGAAGAAGAUUCAAAAACUGCUCCAGCACUUGAGGAAAAUGCAAAAACAAGAACAAAACCAUCCCCAUAAAUCAAGAUUUUCCAUUGUUCACUAACAACAAAUUUUAUGAAAUAUUGAUUCUAAAUUUUCAGUUUUCUUCCUUUGUUUUAUAUUUGGAGGAAGGCCGUGGAGUCUCCAGUUUUUUCUUUUCUUUUUUUUUUUCUUCUCCCUGAUUUUUGGGUAAGGUUUUUUUUUUUUUUUUUUUUGAGAAGCGUUUGUUAUUAUUUUGUGUAUGUAAUUGUGUAUGCAGCUUUAUUUGUUACCAAAUAAAGUUUGAUUUUUCAUAACUAA